UCGAUCUUGGCAGCCUUGUCGUCGGUCCAAGCCGCCUAUGUUCCUUCGGAACCAUACACUACCUUAACCCCCAGUGCAAAGAUUCCUGCCUCCGCAAGUGCAUUGACUGACUUCGACGGUUCGUUUGCAUUGUCCAUCAAGACUCUUCUGACCAACUCCGCUGCUACCACUGCUAAGCUGACUGCUUCGGUCGUUAACCAAAUUGGCGACGGUCAAGUUCAGCAACAAACUUCUGCUAAGCAAACCGCUUCGGUUGUGAACCAAAUUGGUGAUGGACAAGUCCAACAACAAACUGCUGCUAAGCAAACUGCUUCAGUAGUUAACCAAAUUGGCGAUGGUCAGAUCCAACAACAAACUGCUGCCAAGCAAACUGCUUCAGUCGUUAACCAAAUCGGCGAUGGUCAAAUUCAGCAACAAACUGCUGCUAAGCAAACCGCUUCAGUUGUUAACCAAAUCGGCGAUGGCCAGGUCCAACAGCAAACUACUGCUAAGCUGACUGCCUCUGUGGUUAACCAAAUCACCGACGGUCAAGUUCAACAGCAGACUGCUGCUAAGCCAACAACCCCAACUACUCUUUCCGUUGUGAAUCAAAUCACCGACGGUCAAGUUCAACAACAGACAACUUCUAAGACAACUGCUUCCGUUGCCAACCAAAUUACUGAUGGCCAAGUUCAACAGCAAACUACUUCCAAGCAAACUGCUUCUGCUAUAAGUCAAAUUAGCGACGGUCAAGUUCAAAAUGGACAAUCCCAGGCAACUGCUGCUGCCCAGACCGCAGCCGGUGGUGACUCUGAUUCCACUGUUUUGGAAACCUGUGUCGAUGCUGAUGCCUUGACUGUUACUUUGAAGAACGGUGUCCUCCACGAUUCUAAGGGUAGAGUUGGUGCUAUUGUCGCCAACAGACAAUUCCAAUUUGAUGGCCCACCACCACAAGCCGGUUCUAUCUAUGCUGCUGGUUGGUCUUUGGUUCCAUCUUCGUACAAGGAAGACUCUACUACAAAGCAACAAGCUGAUGAUGCCUCUAAACCAAAGAGAGCAGAUUCUGAAGGCUUGAAAUUGGCCUUGGGUAAACAAACCACUUUCUACAAGUGCUUGUCUGGAGACUUUUACAACUUGUACGAUGAGAGCAUCGGUUCUCAAUGUUCCGAAAUUGAAAUUGAAAUUUUGAAGGCCGUUCAGUGUUGA